UGUGAGGCUCUGAGCCUCCGGCGACUCACCCGCCGUCCGCCGCUCGCCUUCUCCACUGCCGGCAUCGAACGCCUCCGGCAGUUCCCUCACCGCCUCGACGCGCGUUCGCCACCUCCCGAGCCCGUGCGGCUCGGUGGCAACCCCACCACUGGCCGUCGCCUGCCCGCCGACGCCGCGGGAGCCUGGCCUAGGGUUUUCUCCUUCCGAUGCGCAGCUCGCAGCUCGACGGGUUCGCUCCCUUCCACGGCCUCCUCCGCCUCGGACCUUGGAGUAUCAAACCCCAGCAGCAACCAUCGCGUCGGCGGCGUGGAAGAAGAGGACAAUAAGAUUCUCGGUGUGUUAUGUUUUGUUGCCAACUGGAAGAAAGAAGUGGUUGCUGACCAGAAGCAAAGAGAAGUUCAUGCAUGUUCUAAACACAAGGAGACGCUGAAAAAGAUAUCAUAUGGUGACAUUCUGAAAGCUACCAACUGGUUUUCUUCACUCCAUACUAUCAGCUCAACCUGUACUGGGUCAGUUUAUGUUGGUAGGUUCAAAUCCGACAGGAGUCUAGUUGCCAUCAAGGUAUUCAACCUGAAUGAGCCUGGUGGAUAUGAUAGUUACUUUAUUGAGUGCGAGGUGCUACGAAGCACCCGCCAUCGGAAUAUAAUGCGGCCUAUGACCCUAUGCUCGACACUUGAUUCACAAAACCAUGAUUUCAAAGCACUGAUCUUCAGGUUCAUGGUUAAUGGCAGCGUUGACAGAUGGUUGCACUCUGAGCAACACAAUGGAAUCCCGGACAGAGUGCUGAACUUUGGCCAGAGGAUAUGCAUAGCAGCAGAUGUGGCUUCUGCUCUCGAUUAUGUCCACAACCAACUGACGCCUCCUUUGAUCCAUUGUGAUUUGAAGCCACACAAUAUCCUUUUGGACGAUGACAUGGCCGCACGGCUCAGUGACUUUGGCUCAGCAAAGUUUCUAUUACCAGGCCAGGUUAUCCGUAAAAGCUUGGUUGAUGUCGGAGGAAUAAUUGGAUACAUGGCACCUGAGUACGGGCUGGGCUGCAAGAUCUCUGUAGGAGGCGAUGUGUAUAGUUUUGGAGUGCUUCUACUGGAGUUGCUUACGGGAAAGCGACCAACCGAUGAUAUGUUUGUCGAUGGACUCACCCUUCGCAUUUUCUCUGAAUCCAUGUUCCCUGACCUAGUUGCGGAGAUGCUAGAUCCUCAUAUGGCGCAUGAGGAGCAUCAAGGGUGCGUAGAAGCAUGGAUGCAGAGAUAUAUCGUCCCGUUGGUUGCUCUGGGGCUGUCAUGUACUGUGGAAUCUCCGAAGGACAGGCCUGGAAUGAAAGAUGUUCCUGCAAAACUUUCUGCUCUCAGAGACGACUUUCUGGAACGCCAUCAUGACGAUUGACGGAUAUUUCAGCUCUGUUAGAGCAUGCUGAUUUGUUAUCGUUAGGAAUGUAGUGUUGCAACUACUAGUAAUUUUGCAUAUUGUACCCAAUCUACUGAAAGUGCCAAGUGCCCAAUGUGAUUUGCAGUGAGCAACAGUUGGCUACUGAAAGUGUCAACUAUCCUUUGUUGCGGGUUUGCUGAUUAUUUUCAUUUUGAUCUUAAGGUGUAUGUAUGGCGAAAUUCCUUAGUAGCAUAAACUGUACUCUAUAUAUCAAGGUAUUUUUCUGUCAGAUCUUA